AUUAUUUCUUUUAGGUACCUUUGAGAGAGAGAUUAACAAUCUUUGAAGGCGAAGUGGCUAGUGUACGGCAAGACGUUAAGGAUUUACGAAUCGCCAUGCUUAGAGAGUUUGCAAGUUUGGACACCAAGCUUGAUAAGUUAAUGAAGCACCAAGGAGUGGGAGUUAGUGCUGACGGGUUGGGAGAUGGGAUGGACGGUCAAGGGGAUGAAAAUAAAGGAGAGUAUGGUCCCGAUGCGACCCCCGUUGAUAGACAGUCACAGCCAUAUGUUGACGACGAUGCAGGACCAAGUGUUACGAUUAUUGAGAAAGUGUCUCCAUCAAAGUUUCCUGCCUGGAGACGUGCAAGAAAGGUAGCAGCUGCUAAGCAAAACAUAGAUAUUGGGAGGAGGGAUAGGAAGGCGGCAGCAGCUAUUACAACUCCUUAUAGUGUCGGAGGCUUGCGGAAAAAACUACAGCGCACUUUACCUGGUGCAUCUUCUACUUUGAAGUUCGACCCAUACAAACCAGUACCUACGCGACUUGUAAAAAAUUUUGACAAAUUUAUGAAGUCUGGUUGGGCAUCAAAGGUUAAUAUGGACAUUUUGACUGCGGGUAAAGACUUUUUCCAGUUGCUUAUAAACAGUGAAAAGUGGCUGAAUCACGAUCAUAUGGAAGUCCUGCCUUACCUAUUUCGUGUACGUGCCAAUCAAUUUCCUGAUAUUUGUGAUCCUAGUUUUGAGGUGCUAGAUGGAGGAUUUUGGGUAUACAUUGAGCAAUGUCAUGGAAAGUUCAUCGACAAUCCAUCUAAGUUCCAAUUCUCAUACGCAAUGCAAGAAUAUGUGCUGGGGAUUCGAAUGAAGGAGUCCAAGCCAUGGAAAUACGUAAAUCAUUUGUUGAUUCCACUAAACAAGCGCAACAUACAUUGGGUGGUAGGGCACGUCGACUUAAAAGAGCGUCGCAUGACUGUAUAUGAUUCAGAUAAGGCUGGUAACCGAUACAAGGGACAAAUUUAUUUCCAGAAAUUAUGCAUAAUGUUACCAUAUUUACUGCGGUCUGCAUCCUUUUAUGAGCAGCGGUCGGAUUUUGUAGACUCCGUUGACGAGUUUACAUGUGAAUUGGCACAAAAUACCCCUCAGCAAAGUAACGGUGGUGACUGUGGCAUAUUUACACUCAAGACCAUCGAAUUCUUACAUGCUAGAUUACCAUUGACAUUCACACAAGAUAACAUGGAGUUCUUUAGGAAGAAGUAUGCAUAUGAGGUUUACAACAAAGAACUUAGCAUAUGAGCUGCGUGGUGAUGCUUUUUUCUUUCCUUUUUUCAUGUUUAUAGAUGCAUAUUAUUUAUUA